CAAGUAGUAAUUUGUAUUCCUAACAAGUUUCUCACGUUGGUAACGAAAAAGCGGGCAUACGCGUGUGCAUCUCGCAGCUUUCGGCUGUGCGCUAACAAGGUUUACUUGUGCUCGCAGAACUGCGCUGAAAUACGUUAAUGACGUGGUGGAAAAAAAAAAAAAGAGAGACAGCGAAAUAUAUAGAGGAUAGGUUGCAGUGUUGUUAUCAAUGCAAAGCUGCGGAGCAUCGCCGACGGAGCCGAACGUGACUAGCGCUAUUUCGGAGGAUGACGGGGAGGAACUAUUGGCAAACAUGAACCUGACGUUAUUCAAGGAGAGAUUCCGAAGAUUGAUACCCUACAUGACUUUUUACGUCGCCAACAACUAUGUGAACGGGCAGGCCGCGCUGGCGCAAAAUUAUGCGAAGGAGCUCCCGGUCACCCUGUUCCGAAAAACUCCGCAGCAACAACAACAGCUGCAGCAGCAUUUGCAGCACUCUUUGCUACGGAUAGCCGGCAUCCCGAGGAGAGGCGGCGGUAACAAGUAUCGCGUCGUUCCUGCUAACCAGGACGCAAAGUUCAUCCCGUCCGUGCAAUUCGAUCCCAGGAACGUCGGCGGCGACAACGACUAUUUCUCGCCGGUCAAGUACAACGCCAAGAUCAACUACGCGGAAUAUUCGACGUCAGCUUAUCCGCAAGUCUAUCAGAUCCAAAAGACCUAUCCCGAGAUCACCACGCCCUCCAAUCUGAUCCUGCACAAGGAGAAUCGAUACUACGCGAGACCGCUGCGGCCGCCUGCGAGGGAGCAUUUGCUGAAGAAACCGGUAAUCGGCGGCUCGCAGGACGAAUACGAUCAGGAUUACACGGUGAGACCGGUUGCCGCCUUUAAUUACCCGAGCAAUGAAUUUGAAAGGGUGAGAUACAUCCCGUCGUCGGUGCAGCAACCGGUGAAGCAGCAGUAUGAGACGGCCGAGAGGAAGCCGUCGUUCAUCUCGCCGGUUUACCGAAAGCCGAGCGUCAAUCUGAACAACCUAAUCGAAAGCUUCCAAUUGUCCGAACGACUGCCGGAGAGGCUGGACAAAGACAACAUUGACAAUAGCAUAAAGGCGCUCGUGGAGAUCCUCAGUAUCCUGCACAAUUCGCGAAAGGAGGACUUCCCGCAGCCACAAGGGCCGUCGUCGUCACCGUUGCCGCCCCGAUUGAACGGCUACGACAAUUACAAGCCCAAGACGUAUACGCGGCCGAAAGUGAUCACGGAGACGAAGUUCCAGGUGACGCCGAAUCCUCUGUAUUUCACCGAGGACCCCGAGCAAUACAAGGCGACGGACUACGUGGACGACGCGCCGAUCAAGACGCCGGUACAGCCUGAUUACAAUCACGUGAAGGACGAGAAGGUGGAAUACUACGUGCCCUACGUUCAGGAUAUCUCCAACGACGCGAAGCAUAGGUUCAGGCCGACCGUGAGACCCGAUGAAUCCACCGAUCACUCCUACGAGAUCACGGAAGACCUCAGCGACGACGUCCUGCAGGACGAACGGUACACCGUGCCGAUUUCCACCGAGGUACCUCCGAAGAAGGACUACGUGGCGCCGAAUGAAAUUACAUCGGGAACGAAGAUGCCGAAAACGUCGGCAAAGUACGGCGCGACGCGCGGAAAACCGAACGUGGACUACCCGGCGUACGCGACCAUACCGGAAACUUCCUUCAGUUGCAAGGAACAAAGGUACAAAGGAUUCUUCGGCGAUCCGGCCACCGGAUGUCAAGUAUGGCAUUAUUGCGACCUAAACGGCGGCAAGUCAUCAUUCUUAUGUCCGAACGGUACGAUAUUCAGUCAGGUGGCGUUGACCUGCGACUGGUGGUUCAACGUGAAAUGCGAGACGACCACUCAACUAUAUGUGCUGAACGAACGACUGUAUAAGUACAUUCUACCAAUUAUGCCGAAGUUCCCGGAGGAUUUCACCGGCCCGGAAGUAGAUCGAUAUUUGGAACUCAAGUUCAAAGAGAUGGAGGCAAAAAUGAAGGAGAAGAAGCUGAAGAAGCAGCAAGAAGAGAAGAAUAAACACAAGGGAAAGCCGCAAACGACGGACGACGACGACGACGACGAGUAGACGCAUAUAGCGUUAUGUGUUAAAUAACUUAGUUUUUACAUAUGACACACUGUAUGUGUCUCGUUGCCAUUAUGAUAAAUGAACAGCAAAAACCCAUCGUGGGUUGCGAAGCUGCUUCGCAAUCCCGAAAAAGUGCAAUAUGUGUAUGAUAGAGUUAUAUGUGAUUUAAUGAUAGAGAGGAUCGCGUGUAAAAAGUAAGUUAGAUUAUCGCGAUCGCUAUGUACGGGUAUGAAAUGGCUGAUGAUAUAUUAGGUAUUUCUUGUACUCCCUCUAGUCAUAUGCGUAUUGUGUACUAUUUAUAACCGAAAGUGCUCGCCCGUUUGGCGAAGCGCUAUCUCUUUCGAUCUACGCCUGACGAAUCGCCUAGUACUGUGUAUUAUCGCAGUUGUGCGCAACGUCGAGUCGCAUAACUUUCGUAUCUCAACGGAAAAUGACGUAAAUAGUAAUAGUGGAAGUACGCGCGAUGCGCGCCGAGAGUAUAAUCAAUAUCUUCACCGCGUAUACUAUAUCGUCCGUAAAAAAUGUCGAAUAGGUUUCGCCAUUUGUUCAUAAGUAUAUCAAUACAUAUAUAUCAUAUUAUAUAGUAUAUGUAACCACAUAUUUUCUCUGUGGCGAUCGAUACGGAAAAUAUAUCGCGAUGUUAUAUUUAGUAAACGUUUCAACCUAAAGUAUGCAUUUCCUUGAUAUAUCUGCGAGUAUAUGACUCGA